AAAAUAAUUUUUCGGCUAAUUAUCGGCGACCUUUCUAGAAACAUAGGUGUACGAAAUUGUUUGCCGGAAAAGUACGAGUACAAGUUCCGUUCGUAUGAUGGUGAGGCAGGCGCGCGCGCUGCACUCGGCGGCGGCGGCGCUGGAGGCGCGGCACCUGGGCGCGGGCGGGCUGCGCGGGGAGUGGGCGGCGGCCGAGGGCGGGGGGGCGGCGCCCUGUCCCGCGGCGGAGCGCCUGGCGGCCCGCGCGCGCACGCUGGUGGAGCGCCUGCGGGACUCGUGGCAGCACCUGGUGCGGGACCGCGCCACGCGCUCGCUCACGUACAACGACGAGCAGUUCCACGUGCUGGAGCGCAUCACCGUGGCCGAGACGGGCCGCCGCCUGCGCGCGCUGCUGCAGCGGGCCGCGCCGCAGGCCCGCGCGCGCGCCGACGCGCUCGCCGACUGGUACAAGGUGGCGGCGACGGUGUACCUGCAGACGCAGAUCCUGGACAAGGACGUGUCGGCCGCCGAGCUGAAGCUGCUGGCGCUGGCCGCGCGGCUGCAGGACGCCGAGCACGCCGCCCGCGCGCGCGCCGCCGCCCGCCCGCCGCAUCCGCCGCAAACGCCGCAUACGCCGGUAACAUGUUUUGAGUUUUAUUUCACGUUUACGUUUCACACUCAGAUAUUUUAACGUGGGUCGGGAACGCGCUCCCCGAUGAAAGUGUAGAUCGACUCGUGUUCGAAUGCAUUUUGCGCAUAUCGCGAGCGUGCAAUGUGCGUGCAAUGUCCGCCGCGAGCGUGUACGUGUGAAUUAGACAAAUGUUGCGUUUUGACUGACUUUAUUAUACUAAACACAUUAUUUAUAAUAGCGAG